CUUUGCUUCUCUAUAUCAAGAUGAAAGUCUUCAUUAUCUCAAUUUUUUUGGUCAUUUGUUACCUCAAUUUGAUUUCGAGUGCACCAGAUCACAAAAUUGAGAAGCGUUACAAUUCAUCAACAACAGAUACUCCCAACAUGGAUGGAUGGGGCCAGGCGAUAGAUACGCUGGAACAAUUUAUUUUUGGAUCUAAUCCUUAUAUUUUGGGAUGAAUUGCAAACCGCAACUUCAAGACUUCACUAAGCAAUUUAUUUAAAUACGUUUUAAGUUUAUUGUAUGUUUUUAUAAAUAACAUUUUUUCUUAUAU